GGCGGUAUAAAAAAUGGCCAUCGUCAUAUUCGUUGAACUAUCGGUGCCUUUUUUAUUAAACUGUCCCUUUUAUUAACAAGUCGACAGAGUAAACAAUGCGAGUCGUGGCGACGCUAGCUGAAACCGGAGCUAACGGGCGGUAGUCAGAUCGUUUCCCGGCCGUCAGAGCGGCUCUGUGUGCGGCUGAAGCAGAUGGGUGCUCGGUGUAUUUGGGUAAAAGGCGGAAGACUGCGUAUCAACAGACCCAACCAGAGAUGCUAUACAGCUACAGCCGCUAGCCAGCUAACUGUUUGUUGCAAGAUGUUGGUAAACAGGAGCCGAUUCGCCAGGAAUUAAGGAUAACAGAGGAAGAAUUUCGACAGACGAUAUCUUUCUUUAUGGAGCCACAACAGGACGACUUGAACUGAGACAGCUCAAAUACUCAGCUAGACGCAGCGCUCACUGAACCUCAGGAUGGCGAGCAGGAGGAAAUCCACCACCCCCUGCAUGGUUCCUCCUCGAGAAACCGUCGACUCGGAUCAGGAGAUGGAGGACAUCAUGGAUGUGGCAGAACCGGAGGACAGUAACGGCGUGGUGACCGUCUCCUCGGAGGUUUGCGGUCUGUCGGAGGAGCGAGGCGAGGAGGCCGACGUCAGGCAGGUGUCGGACCACUACCUGGACUUGAACAUGGCAGAAGGAGGAUACGAGUGCAAGUACUGCAGCUUCCAGACGUCAGAGCUCAACCUGUUCACCAUGCACGUGGACACGGAGCAUCCGGACGUCGUCAUCAACACCUCCUAUGUCUGCAUGGAGUGUGACUACCACACAAAGAGUUAUGAUACACUGCUGGCCCACAAUGCUCGCCUCCACCCGGGUGAGGACAACUUCACACGGACAAUGGUGAAGCGAAACAACGAGACCAUCUUCCAGCAGACGGUCAACGACCUCACCUUCGACGGCAGCUUCGUCAAAGUGGAGGACGACGAGGUAGAAGAGACGUCCCGCAAGGGCAUCGCCCUCAGCAAGACGCCCAUCAUGAGGAUCAAGAGCAGACUGGAACCCAAGAAGUUUGCCGCCGCGCACAAGAUGGCCGUUGACGACAUCAUCAAAGUGGAAAGCGACGACGAGGACGAUGAGAACAAGGAGCCGCCCACUCUGUCUCCUGCCCCGAUGACCCCCGCCGCCGUCGCCCCUCGCCUCAUCCCCGUCUCCACACCUGUGCAGGUCCAGGCCGUCCCACAGAGCAUCGUGGUCAACAGCCCCAACGUGCUGCAGAUUAAAGGCGGCUCCGGCGGCGGCGCCGUGCUGCCUCCAGGGACACUGGCUCAGGUUCUGUCAGCCCUGCAGAACCAGCAGAACAGUGCUCAGACCCAGACUCAGCUUCUCAUCCCCAUCAGCAGCAUCCCCACCUACAACACGGCCAUGGACAACAACGUCCUGCUGGUCAGCGCCUACAACAGAUUUCCGUAUCCCUCAGUGUCAGAGAUCAUGGGCCUUUCUUCACAGACCAAGUUCAGCGAGGAACAGAUCAAGGUCUGGUUUUCUGCUCAGAGGCUCAAACAUGGAGUCAGCUGGACACCAGAGGAGGUGGAGGAGGCGAGGAGGAAGAAGUUUAACGGCACGGUGCAGACCGUCCCUCAGACCAUCACCGUCAUCCCCGCCAACAUUGCCGCAGCCACCAACGGCCUUCAGUCCAUCUUCCAGACGUGUCAGAUCGUCGGACAGCCGGGCCUCGUCCUCACUCAGGUGGCCGGUAACGGCAGCACCGUGCCGGUCGCCUCACCCAUCACCCUGACAGUCGCAGGCGUCCCUGGCAACCAGCCCAAAGCUGCCGAACCGUCGACAUCAGAAUCAAAGACUGAGAUGUCGGCUUCUUCAGCCAGCACGGCGCUCAGUUUGGACGCAGCGGCGACGAAACCGAAGAAGUCCAAGGAGCAGCUGGCGGAGCUGAAGGCCAGCUACAGCAGGAGGCAGUUCGCCACCGAGGCGGAGAUAUCUCGGCUCAUGCAGGUCACCAAACUCUCCAAACGAGCAAUAAAGAAGUGGUUCAGCGACACACGUUACAACCAGAGGAACUCGAAGGAUCAUCAUGGUGUCCUGCUGAGCGAAACCUCGUCCAGCAGAGCAGCGGCGCCAGGGGGAGGCAGAGUGGGAAGGAACAGCAGCGGAAGCCUUAAUGACAGCAACAACAGUGACAACACUACCACCAUCGUCAUCGACUCCAGCGACGAUGCCAGCGACUCCUCUCCGACUUCUGCCAACGCCCCGGGGUCGUCUGGGACAUCCAGCGACCCACGGGUCAAAUUCCGCCACGCCUUCCCCGACUUCACGCCACAGAAGUUCAAGGAAAAGACGCCGGAGCAGCUGUUCAUCCUGGAGGCCAGCUUCCAGAAAUCAGACACGCCCUCGGACGAGGAGCUGAGCCGGCUGCGAGCAGAGACGAAGCUGACGAGACGCGAGGUGGACGCUUGGUUCACAGAGAGGCGAAAAAUGCCUUCAGCGGGGCAGGUAAAAGAGGGAGACGUCGAAGGGGACGGCGAGAAGGUGAAACCAGCCGCUGUGCCUUCAUCCUCGUCUCAGGAGAGACAGACGACUCCGCCUGUUGGCAGGAAGACGAUGAAGAAGACGCCGGAGCAGCUCCACAUCCUGAAGAAGGCAUUCGUCCGCACGCAGUGGCCGACGCCAGAGGAGUACGACCAGAUGGCAGAGGAGAGCGGCCUGCCGAGGACGUACAUCGUCAACUGGUUCGGAGACACACGCUACGCCUGCAAGAACAGCAACCUGAAGUGGUACUACCUCUACCAGAGCGGGAAGGUGGACGAGGCGCUGAACGGAGGAGCCAAGAGUCAGAAGAAGUCCAGGAAGCGUUUCCGGGGCUGGUCCAGGAGGACGCGUCGGCCGUAUCCCUGCAAACGUUCCCCACAGGGGGACGCCACCGCCAUCAAGGUGAAGUCCGGUAAGGCCUUUUUGAAGGACUACUACCUCAAACACCGAGCCCUGAGCGAGAAAGACCUGGAUGACCUGGUGACAAAGUCCAGCAUGAGCUACGAGCAGGUGAGGGACUGGUUCUCUGAGACAGCAAGGAGGGUGGAGGAGGGCAAAGAGCCCUUCAGCGACGAGGAGGCCGAGGGAGAAGAGGGGGAGGGUGAGGACGAGGAGGAGGAGGAAGAGGAAGAGGAG